AUGGUCAGAGACGGGUUGAGAUACUCUCUCGAAGUCGUCCAACAACCUCAACGCGCAAGAAUGUGCGGUUUUGGCGACAAAGACCGACGGCCCAUCACCCCACCACCAUGUGUCCGACUCGUCGUUGUGGAUGAUCAGACCGGCCGUGAAAUCGAUGUCAACGACAUCGGAUCGGAUCCCUCGUUCUUCGUCCUUCAAGUCGACUUGUGGGCAGAGAGUGCCGACCGUGAAGCCAACGUCGUGCGCGCCUCCUCGAGCAGCCCUGCCGUGAGUAUCAGCAGUGCCACCACCACUUCAUACCCACCUCCACAAGAGACGCCACGGCAUGCCGAGUCGCAACCCAUUAUGUACAUGGACCAUAACGGGAACCCCAUGUACGCGAACAUGCCCGGCUAUGCAGUGCAGAUGGGCAGGCCAUCCAUCAUGCCCGGUUAUGGAGGAUACAUGUAUCCACAGGUACACGGCCCGGCCAUGGCAUUCCAACAGCCUCCAUCGACAUCGGCCAGCAGCGCCAUGUACACGCGCAACCUCAUUGGCAGCCUGACGGUGAACGCGGCGCGCUUGACCGAUAACGAGAGCAAGGCUGGCUACUGGUUUGUGCUGCAGGAUUUGAGUGUCCGCACGGAGGGCUUCUUCAGACUUCGAAUGAGCUUCAUCGACAUUAGCAACCACGGAGCACCAGGCGUCAACCGAGGAAAGGCACCAGUGCUGGCUUGGACAUUCUCCGACAAGUUCCAAGUUUACUCGGCCAAAAAGUUCCCAGGUGUGAUUGAGUCGACGCCUCUGAGCAAAACGUUUGCAUCUCAAGGCAUCAAGAUUCCAAUACGGAAGGACAACAAGAACGAAGCACAAGACGACGAUGAAGGGGAUUGA